CGGAAUUGAAUGAAUUGAUGGGUACACUCCAACUGCUGGGCUGCAGAGACUGAACUUGGUCUUUCCAUUUCUGCUUCUUUCAAAGAAGAGACAAGUUGGGAUUCCUUCUAAUUUAGCUUUUCUCCCUCUCCCUCACCCCCCCCUCCCAACCUUCCCCUUGGUCCCCCACUUCUCUACCACCACCUUCCUUUGCAAAAAGACGGUGACCUGGGAAGCAGAGUGCCCAGGAGACUGACCGAGGAGGCAGAGAAGAUGGGACUCCUCAGCGUAGACUUGCUGAUCACCCUGCAGAUCCUGCCAGUCUUUUUCUCCAACUGCCUCUUCCUGGCGCUCUAUGACUCGGUCAUUCUGCUCAAGCACGUGGCGCUGCUUCUGAGCCGCUCCAAGUCCACUCGCGGAGAGUGGAGGCGCAUGCUGACCUCAGAAGGGCUGCGUUGUGUCUGGAACAGCUUUCUCCUAGAUGCCUACAAACAGGUUAAAUUGGGUGAAGAUGCUCCCAAUUCCAGUGUGGUGCACGUCUCCAAUCCUGAAGCAGGUAACAAUUAUGCCUCGGAGAAGACCGCUGAUGGGGCUGAAUGCCACCUUCUGGACUUUGCCAGUGCAGAGCGCCCACUGGUGGUCAACUUUGGUUCAGCCACCUGACCACCUUUCACUAGGCAACUGCCAGCCUUCCGCCAGCUGGUGGAAGAGUUCUCCUCGGUGGCUGACUUCCUGUUGGUAUACAUUGAUGAGGCUCACCCUUCAGAUGGCUGGGCAGUGCCUGGGGACUCCUCUCUGUCUUUUGAGGUUAAGAAGCAUCGGAACCAAGAGGACCGAUGUGCAGCAGCCCACCAGCUCCUGGAGCGUUUCUCCUUGCCGCCCCAGUGUCAAGUUGUGGCUGACCGCAUGGACAAUAAUGCCAACGUAGCUUACGGGGUAGCCUUUGAACGUGUGUGCAUCGUGCAGAGACGGAAAAUCGCUUACUUAGGAGGGAAGGGCCCCUUCAGCUAUAACCUACAAGAAGUCCGAAGUUGGCUGGAGAAGAAUUUCAGCAAGAGAUGAAUUCUAGAUUAGCUAGAUAAAAGUGUGAUUGUAAUAGAGUUUAUUAUUUUAAAAAAUAUGUAAAAGAAGUUGAGAACUGAACUGAAUCUAUUAUUUCAACUGAAUCCCAUUGCCUCACUGAAAGACGGGAACAUACCUGUCAGAAGAUCUUGAACCUCUUUAACAUCUCAAUACUUUCUCUAGUACACAAAUGACAUCUGGCUAAAUAGCAACCCUUUUACCUCCCUUCUGAGUGAAUUGAUCCAAACUGGAGUGCAAGAAACCUUGUUGCAGCCUGUGUUCAUUCUUGCUUGAGAAAGAAGUGAUCCUGUCCUGUGUGUGCUCUGGGACCAGAGGACCAAAAGUUCUCAGAAUACUUAUUAAGGGAACUACUACCUAUGAUCUGAUUAAGUGUAUUGUCUCAGCUUUAGUCACCAGAAACAAACCCAACUGGAAAGUCCCCCAAAUACAUACUUAUGAUGUGAUCUUGAAGCCAUGCCAUGCAGUUAGGACUGAAGUGUUAGUUCUAGCCAUGCAAUGUCCUGGUUACUCUCUGUAGCCCUGAAUUCUCAAGUACGACAAGCAAAGACAGAGGAAGCAGAGAGAUGAGGAAAUUGCAUAGUGUUUUUACCUGAAAGCGGUAGGUAAUGAGUGUUGUUCAAUCGCAUCAGCACCGAGGCAUGUGCACAGCUGGGAAAACAAAGGCGUUAACUAAAAAUAGCACAGGCAGGAUGCACAGGGAAAGGAGAUGUGUAGCAAUACCCCUCCGCUGAAAGGAAUUGGGUGUUGGCAAAGAUAAAGACAGGUGAACAUUUUUAAUGUGGAGAGAAGCACUUUAUGGGACUAAUUGAGAUAUACCCAUUUCAGUGGGUAAUACCGGUGCAGUGAAAACUCCAGGGGAUCUGCUGCUGAUGGGUUGUUCCUGCCAAAUUCCUACAGUCACAAUGCGACAUCCUGCUCCAUUCCUAACCUCUGUAGCGUUGUUUACUCUGGGUGCUGAGUGAAGGGUGUAAGAGGCAGGUACCCUAACCAUUCAGUUUCUGCCCUCUCCUCCAGUAGAAGAACUGUAAUGGUAAGGGAUUUCUUCACAUAAACACGAGAGCGAUUUAGUCUGAUAAUCCCUACCUGUAGUUUUGAGGGCUUACCCAACCUUAUUCUUGGUACCACAGGAAUUUGGUUAAAUUGAAUUUCCUUUGCCAUUUGAAUUUGGACUUGGUUCUUUUUUUUCUUCAACUGGGAUUAACCCAUUAGUUGACAUUUAAUAGCUGUGUACAUAACUAUGAUUGCAUCUAUGAAUCAUAUAUCUCUUAAAAUCCAAGAGACACAGCUACAAGCAAUACCUAAAGAUCACAACCUCAAAAAAAAAAAAAAAAAAAACCCACAAAACCCCAAACCAAAACACACCAACAGAUCAACCAAUGUAUUGUAAUUAUUUUUUUAAACUCAAAAAUGUUAAGAUCUCAACAUAUGGUUAUAGUUGCAUGUCAAAUCAAGGGUCUUAUGUCUAUUCCAUUCAAUAAUUAAACCAUAACAUUGAGUUAUUUGGAAAAAGACCAUUGAAAUUUAAAAGUAUGUUAUUAAAACAUUUUCCCCAAAUGUGGAAAAUAGGAAGUGGGUAUGCAUGAAACAAGAGUAUUGUUUUUAAAAAUGGGAGCAAGAAAUAAGUCAGACCGUCAGUCCAUAUAUAGGUUUAGCCAUGGAAGCAGCACUGUGGCUAAUGUUUUUGGCAGCAUCUAAGUUCUCCAGUGUUUUAAAUUCUGUAAAAGACACACCCACAAAGAAACAGCUGCUUUCCAAAAUGCAACAGCAUCUAAUGAACUUUUGUAGAAUCACAUUGAAGAUCGAUUACUUCAGACUCCUCAGGUGUUAAGGCCUUCAGUUGAGGCUUAUAAGUGGCCUGUCACUCAUCUUAAUCUUCAAAACGCUGUUGCAAUUGAUGCGGCUCCCUAAAGAGGUAACAUAGACCCACGCCGUCGUCCGCAAAUGACCCCUUUGGUUUCCAUGUGCGAUAGUGAAGCAGAAAGUCAGAGAGCGGGUGGGGGGAUGAGUUUUGGCUAAUGCCAUGCUAGUUGUCUGGGGAAAACGGAUAAUGGGGAGAAAUCGGCCAGUUGUGCUACAUUUUUAAAGAAAGAGAAGGUUGUGUGCACGUACUGUUUGUCUUUUGGAGGAUAGGUCAAUGGAGGAAGGAAGAAGAGGAAGCAAAUAUACAAAGAUCUAGGCUGACUGUCAGGGACACAGACGUGUUCAAAAGAGCAUGUCCAAAACACUGGAAGAAAAAACCUUCGAAGGGCCCAGGAAGAAAGUGAUUAGCAGAGCUCAGGAAUUUUACACUGUGUAGAAUGGGUUGGUCUCCCGGGUAUGAUAAGCCUGUAAUUGUAUAACCUAUUUAUCUCAAUGUAAACUUAUAUGAAUUCCUAUGACAUGCCCUUUAUACAAUUAACAAGAAGUCAUUCAUCCAGAGGUGAGAAAAAUCAAUGCUCAGCUACUGUGCUCACUCAGAGAUACUAUGAGGCUGUCAGCACCCACCUACCUAACAUGCCUUUUAUAAUGUAUAUUCUUCUGAAGAGUUAUAGCUGUAAUUCUCCCAAGGAAACACAAAUAUGUGUAUACAUACAUUCUUACAAGGACACACACACACACACACACACACACACAUCCCUUGGAGUUACUUUUCUUAGAACAUAAAGAUUUCUCACAUAGGAUAUGUUUACAUGGGGAAUAUCAGUUUAUACGUUCAAAUUCAAUUGGCCUGUCUACUACAAACUGAACUGGACUGUCUACUUUUGAAAUAGAUUCUCAGAACUUACCAUAGCACCUGGAUUUCUCAAACACUAAGUGUUUGAAAGACAUCUUAGACCUAUUCAAAACUCUCUUUAGUUUGUUGAUUAGAGGAAGUAAUCUGGACAAUGACUUUCUUGAAUGGGCAUGAAUGAAGAGCCUGCCCAGCAAAUGUAGACCUACUUCGUACAAAUUCAAUGGAUCUCUGUGGAGGCAAACCAGUCAUUGAUUGUUCUUGCUCCGUGUUGCCAAAGUGCCAAUCAUUUUAACACACUUGUUAACUUCAUUCGUGCUUUAGAUCUCUGCUCCUGUGGCAUUCAUAGAUUGUAUCCCCUGAUUUUUGGUAAUAUCAGCUUCUAAGUGGUCUAUUUAGUUGAAUUCUUCUAAUAAUCAAUAGACACUCGUCGAUCCCUCUGUCUGGAUGUAUUUGACUAUUUGGGAUUUUGAAUAAAAUUCAUAAAAUGUGGUGAGGUCACAGGUGGGGGGCUGCCUCACACAAACUACUGGAGGAGAAGGUGGGGGGACAACAUUGAUGCUUUUCAUAGAAUUCUCAGGUGGAUAGAAGCUGCCCUUGGCACGCCCUGUAGCUCAUCCACAGCCAGAGGGAUUUGCUGAUGUACCAGACUUCCCAUUAUGUAAAUCGUUAAGAGGAUCAACCUGGACAUUAGUUCCACCUGACCUCUGACUGAUGGUUUGGAAAAUAAGUUUAAUUAGAAUCCCUUGGCCACUGCGGAGAGGAAAAUUAGGCUGAUUUCUGUCCCACUGAAGGAUAAAGGAAGACUUAGGCUUGCACUUCCGCUUGUCAGAACAUGUUCAAUGCCAUCUCUCUUAGUGGAAAUUGACUGCGAGUCUUUAAAUUCCAGGAACUUUCUUUAUGAUAUAGCUCCAAACCAGAAACCCAAGUAUAUUUAGAUAUACUCCAACUUCUACCAUUGCCUUAAAUGUAGAAGCCAAACCUGCUCUUUUUAUGGACUUUCAGAAUGGGGCACAAAGGAUCACUUGCUGUAAGGUGACAGUAGUGUCUUGGGACCGUCUUGAGUCUCUUUAGGAAGGGAAGGAUCUGCAGCUUCGUGAGCUGGGAAAGUUGCUAACUGGGAGGAAUCAAUGCCCCCCACUCCACCCCCAGCCCCAAGGUCUGGGUUUAUAUAUUUGGAAAGAUUUGAAACAAAACUUCUGAUGCUCAGAAUGACUUUAGGAUGAACAAGCACUGGCUCUAUUCUUCAUACCCUGUGUUCUAGAUAACACCAGACACAAGGUCUCAGACUUAACAGACUCAGCUCUGUUCCAAGGUGAGUCUGAACCAGCAAAAAGCAAACACGUACAGAUAUCCAAACAAGACUGCUCACGCAAGCCAGGGCUUGCUGCCUGUCUCGGGCAGCAGCAUCAGGGCUCUAGGGAGUUCGUUUAAUAUUUACUGAGACUUUGGAGACCUAGCAGAUGUUUAAUGAAGUCACUAUUUUGGCUCAAACUGCCCUCCCCCAUCUGUCUUGAGAAAAAAAAAAAAAUUCAAACAGGUAAACAUCAAAAUGAAAGAGGCCCACAGAAGGGGAUGGGAAAUAAAUAAAA